AUUGGUUUUAGAAUCGUUUGUGUCUUAGGAAAAUCCUUAGCUAAUAAGUACCUGAGUAUUAGGUCUGUCUCUAGAGGGUGGGACCAAUGGCUGUGGCUCUAUUAGAUGACUGGUGUAUGGGGAUGGACCUGGAUCCCAAGAAGGCGGUGCUCGUUGUGGGCAUCCCUGUGCAGUGCAGUGAGGCUGAGAUAAAGGACACUCUGAAGGAAGGCUUACCUCCUUUGUGUGCUCACAAGGUGAUAGGUAGAAUGUUCAGGAGGGAAGACAAAGCUAAGGCGGUCUUAAUUGAACUGACGGAAGUUGUCGAUUAUACUAUGAUGCCCACUCAUAUACCAGCAGCAGGGGGCGCCUGGGAAGUGGUAGUCAAACCCCGUAGCCCAGAUAAUGAGUUUAUCAAUAAGCUGAUCUACUUUCUGAAAGAUGAAGGACGAAGAAUGGUAGAUGUAGCUAAAGCCCUGGGGUUUAGCACUGCCCCUACAGUGAGCAUGGAGCUAAGGAAUUCAGAUCAAGACAAACCAGAAGGUUUGAAGUCUCUGUGCAAUAGCGUGUGUUACCGAAAACUGAAAGUGUUUUCUGGCAGUCCCUUUCCAGGCCCAGGAGAGGAGACUUUUGAAACCUGGUUAGAGGAGGUCACUGAGAGGAUGCAGUUAUGGCAGGUGGGUGAGGAGGAGAAGAAGCGGCGCCUUCUAGAGAGCCUGCGAGGCUCUGCCCUGUCAAUUAUGCAGGCACUAGGGGCUAGCAGUGACUCCCUAACUAUGGAGCAGUGCUUGGAAGCACUAAAGCAGGUGUUUGGGAAUAAAGAGGACUGUAAGAGCUUACAGUUCCGAUGCCUUCAGAAUCCGAUUUCCUCUCAGAAAGCUGCAGAGAAGCUGUCUGACUAUUUGCUGCGCUUAGAGCCCCUCCUGCAGAAAGCAGCGCAGCAGAGCCCCUUGGCAGCACACAGCACAGACUCGAUUCGCCUCCAGCAUGUCUUAUCUCGAGUCUCCCUGACCACUGGCCUUAGGAGCAGGCUGUCCCUCUUAGAUCAGCAAGGGUGCCCACCCACUUUUCUGGAGUUAAUGAAACUCACUCAAGAGGAAGAAGAGUGGGAGACCAGCAUGGUGGCGAAGGAGGAGCAGAAUCAGGCGGGGAAGGAGAGUGGGACGUGUGAGGCAGCAGCAGAUCAGGUUACCACCCAGGCAGGGUUCUUUCGGGAGAUCAGCACCCAGACCACAGGAGAGGAAAUUAUAUCAGUGAAACGGAGGCGACUGCUAUGGAGACCCAGUGCUGGGGAGGAGGGGCCUCUGGGGCAAUCAAGUUUGGGGGCUACAAAUGAACCUGAGGAGCAGAAACCCCAUGCUGUAGAUCAGGAGUUGGGAAACGAGAGAGGGGCUGGGGCUAUGAGCCACCCCAACCCCAGGGAAAUAGAGGCUCAAGAGAUCUAGAAAUUCCUUCUUCUAGCAGGCAACAAAGAUACCUUGGCAAAAUGAUGGGGCAGCCCAGACAUGGCAGGGGACUUAAGUUGUACAGAAGGGCAAGAUGGCCAGGGCCAGGAUAAGGCAUCUCACAGGCCACUAAUUAGAAAUGAUUCUAACAAGCAAAAACAAGCUCCACCUAGCUCAGUGACUACCAUAUCCCAGGCUCGUAGAGAGUACCAGAAAAAGAAAUGGGGAACUACUAUAGCCAAACUUAAGGGUGAUCCAGACUCCAGUUGGGAUGUUAGUGAAUCGGAGGAUGAAGGUAGUGAGGGCGGUGACUCUGAGCUAAGAAUGCCCACUGGCACUGAAGCAAGACAGGGCUUGGAGGAACCGAUCACAGGGCUGUCCUGGCCAGAGAGAACCAGUGCCUGGGGAGAAGUGCAGCAAGGCCGGGAGACAGUGCCCCGGAGAGGAGGCCGCAGGAUCCAGCCCGUCUUUAGGAUCAUCUACACUGCUCUAGGGGAGCCUCAUGAGGGCAGCACCCUUGAGUCCUUUCGUGAGUGAAACACCAGGGUCCCUGGACCCAAAGGCCCCGGGACACCAGUGCCAACCCGGAGGCAGAUCCCAUCCUGGCACCCCGGCAGGACUGUGAGUGGGGGGAAGACAGCAGUGCCCAAGAAGAUCCCCGGGCUGGGGGUGCGUACGCAGCACCAUAAGGUUUGUGCCCUCAGCUGGUCUGAGAGCCCGUGAGUGUGCAGGACAGAUUGGUGUGAACAAGGAGGUGGAAGAGCAGCAGCAGGAGGACUUGGGGCGGUAGUUUGUUCUGCUCUCUUUUGUCCAGGGCUGCUGGAGAAUUCCAGAGAGCAAGCAAGGAGAGCCUGGUGAAUACAACUCGGCAGGCAGCUGCCACGGCUGGCCCCCAACCCUGCCGACCUGAGAGGGUGGCCUGGCGCUGCUGCCGAGGUGCCAUCCUCCGUCUGCCAUCCACACCAGACGGGUGGAGGUUACAGAAGAGGCUGCCUCAAGGGUUCUUUCUGCCUGGCUCUCCCAACACGGAUGCCCCCUCCCCAUUGCUAUCCCGAGGGAGGCUACUCCCGCCUCUGGAACCCCCCCCCCCCACUUAUCUGCUAACCUCAUAGUGACCCACUCGGCUGUCCACCGAGUCCUUUUCCCCCUUGAGUGCUCAUCCCCCACCCGUUGCUUCUGUACCAAGCUGUGAGUGAAGUGUGUGUUAACUUGAGCAGCUGGAGGCCCUGACUACCUGGUCAGUGGCCCCUACUCCUGGCACCUGUUGUGAGCUUCUGUGAGCUGCUUUGCCAGCCAAGGCUGCCUAGCUCCCCUCCCA